CACGUACACAACUCAAUCAAGCCACAGCUGUACUGAGCGCUUCAAUGCUGCUCUUCUGUCCACGGUGGUGCAAAAUUAACUGGGGAUGGAUAUAGAUGAAGCUUUUCAGUCUGUAGGAGAAUUCGGAAAAUAUCAGAAACGACUUACAGCUCCGAUCAUUUUGCUACAGGAACUACGGAUUUGGGACAUGCAAUUAAGCGUUGGGUACAGGGGGGCAAAAAUAACAAAAUAUACAGGCCCUUUUAAGCAGUCAAGAUUUGCCCAAGCAGCUUGCUUGAAUCCUGACCAGAGCACACAACUCCACAAGAUUUACAUGGCCUGUCAGUCCAUGCUGAUUGUACUCGUUGGAGCAGAGCCAGAGUAUCGUGUAGACAAGGAAGAAACUCCAAGCUCCCCCGAGGACCUCAUUAAACAUGUGAUUUUUAAAGAGGACCUCGAUUCCAUUGUAACUGAGUGGUUUCUCAUCAAGCACCAAGCCUAUAAAGUGAGCCUUGCUGGAUCUCUGUUUUUUGCUGGAGUUCUCAUUGGUAAUAUUCUGUUUGGACCUCUUUCUGACAAGAUUGGAAGGAAACCGGUCUUUCUUACAUGUUUGCUGCUUGAGGUCAUUUUCGGAUAUGCAACAGCAUUUGCCCCAAACUAUGAAUUUUUUGCUGCUUCUCGUCUGUUUGCGGGUAUUGUGAAUGGCGGAAUGGCAUUGGUUUCUUUUGUACUUACCCAGGAGUACGUAGGCAAAUCAUACUGGGCAUUAACUGGCACCUUGACCAAUAUGAUGUUUGCAGUUGGAAUAGCUGUGUACGCUGCAAUGGGUUACCACCUCCGGCAAUGGCGCACCCUGGCAAUGGCUGCCAAUACCCCUGGGGUCCUGUUUUUUUUUCUCUGUUUAUCGCUGCCAGAGUCUCCUAGGUGGCUGUACUCUCAUGGAUUCACGGAUAAAGCUGAGGAAGUGAUGCAGGAGAUGGCGAUUAGAAAUGGAAACAGAGUGACAAUCAAACUGAAAAUGUGUGCAGGGACAGCAAAGAUGGGGGAGUCGAGCCCCAGCCUCCUGGACCUGGUAAAGCACCCCAUCCUGCGCUGGCGCACUGUCAUCUUGAUGUAUGUGUGGUAUGUCUGCAGUCUGGUCUAUUAUGGAUUAACAAUGAGCGCGAAUGAUCUGAAAGGAAACCGUUACUUGAAUGUUGCAAUGUAUGGGCUUGUGGAGCUGCCAGCUUACCCACUCUGCAUGUACUUCAUUAACAAGUCCUGGGCAGGAAGACGAAAAACUACAUCUGGAUUUUUGGUGUUUGCAGGAUGUUCUUGUAUGAUUACAGUGUUUUUACCAGAACAUUCUGGUUCAUGGUUAAAUACAACUUCCUUGGCUUUGCUAGGCAAACUAACUGUCAGUGCAGCCUUCAACAUUGUGUAUAUCUACACGUCAGAACUUUACCCAACAGUAGUGAGGAAUGCUGGGCUUGGGGUUUGCUCUAUGUCUUGCCGUACUGGAGGAAUUUUAGCUCCAUUUGUGCCUUCAAUGAAAACUCUCAAUCAAUCUAUGCCUUACAUGGUGUUUGGUCUAAGUGGAAUAUCUGCUGGUUGCCUUGAACUUCUCCUGCCAGAAACACUCAACAAACCCAUUCCUGAGACCAUGGAUGAUCUUCAGACUGCAACAUACCAACGCCUAGAAGAGAAAAGGGUACUGUGGAAGUCACGGUGAUCUGUUUUUUACUCGUAUGUUACUGGCAUACAUUGUAUUUUUCCGACAGGUUUACCCUCGAGAUGAAAACCGUUCACCUACCGAAAAGUGAACUGCAGUGGAGUCAACGGUAGCUUUCCCUGUGGACCGUGGAGCUGAGAGGAGGGGAUGGGAGGAUGGGGGGUGGGGAACAUUCCAAGGGAGCCGAUUCUAGCGCAGGGGUGUCCAAUCACAGUCAAAGAGGGCCAUUCCACUCCACGUUUAACAGGUAAAAUGACAUAAUUAACUACU